AUGAUAAGACAAACAUUGAUAAGUCGAACUCCAGUGAUAUUAUUUUCGAAGGACAGGAACAGAUGCGCAUGGAUUUCAAUUGUUGUGAUCAUUCAAUGCUUUUUAGUUUACCUUGGAGCAGCUACGAUUAUCUACUGCGUUUGGUCUCCAGACAAUGCGACUUUGGACUAUGACAUACUGGCCCGGAUAAUGUACCUUUACGACUCUGAAACUUGUGGGUACAAUCUUCGAGCAUCUAAAGGCUUGACCAAUAUCCGUCUAAGCAACGACACAAAAGGAUUCAAUGUGAGACCUAUCAAAUGGAGUCCCGCUAUAGUUACUGUAUCUACAAGAUUAUCUGCAAAAACUAGAAAAUACGUAAAUUUUAGCUUUGGUGUUCAUUUAAUAUGGAACGUAACUGCUCUAGCCCUCGUCAUGUUUACGAGAGGCAGUUCGAAAAUAAAACAUACAAAGUACGCCUUGGCGACUUUCUUCUACAUCACAUCCUUGAUUACCGUCUGUGACAUAUCAAUAGCAAUAGUCUACAUCGCUGAUAUCCAACAGAGCUUAACUAAAGGCAUGAUCAUAAGAUACAGCGGUUGGAGCAUGGAGGUUAAACUUAGAAAUUACGACGACUUUGGCGGUUGGUUGCCUAUAAUUGCCUCAAUAUGCUGGCUCAGGGGUAUCGUCAUUCUAAUCUUCAACGUGUACAUGUGCAAAUUGAUUUACUCCAUCAGAAAUAAAAUUAGGAUGAAAGAAGUUGGUAAACGCGCGAAAUUCAGAAGCAACUUUCCGAUUCCCGAUGCUAAAACCAAUUUGCCAAUAGAUACAAACGUUUUGUACUACAGACGAGGCGAGGAAAUGCCAUUUGUUAUGAGAGACACAAUUCAAAACGUAUUCUAUUAA